GCCGUUUCCAUGGUGAUCAAAUAUGGCGCCGGGAAGUCCAUCCAUCCUGUCGUCCACUCCUCUGCAGAUCCUCUUCUACCUGAACCGCUGGUACUUCAGCGCCUUCAUCCUGGCGGAGAUCCUCAUGUUCAUCUAUAAACUUCUCAUCCUCCCGUACCCGACUGAUAACGCAGUUCUGGACCUGGUUCUGCUCUUCUUCUUCCUCUGUCUGGAGAUCCUCAGACUCUUCUACGGUCAGAAGGGGAACCUGUGUGAGCGUCCCCUCUACUCGGGCCUGUCGCUCUUCGUCCUGCUGCCUUGCUCCGCCUUGGCCGUUUACUACCUGCUGCUGCAGACGUUCGUCCUGAGGCUGGAGCUGGUCCUGAACGCCGUCCUGCUCUGCUUCUACGUCCUCCAGUUCCUGCUCGGACUCCUGUCACUCUCCUCGUUCUCCAGGUCCAGAGUUUACUGAAGCAGAACCACAGACCGACAUCCGACUGGAAAUACGACACAAACUGAUCCAGUAUGUGGACAAAAGUAUGUGGACACGUUGGACCCAGGUGUUUGUGUUCUAACAGGAGUCUGGGAUCCAAAACAAUAAGGACGAAUGUCAGAACAGAGUUUCAUAUGAUGGGAUAAAUGUCAUUGGUUAGUUUGGGUUAAAUUGUUAUAUUUGUUUCCAAAACGACUCAGAGAUGGUUUGGACUGAAUUUAUAUCAACAUUUAUUUA